GGAGGAAGCGGCCUCGCUGUGUCCAGACAGGCAGCUCUGCCUCAGAAGCUCCCACCGCAGAGCUGCCAGCCCGCCCUGCCCUGGCAGCAGAGGUUGGAGGCACGCGGGCAGCGAGCGACACGGGGUCCCCAAAGUGCUGCAGAUCCGCGAUGAUUGAAGACCUUCUCCUGGCAGACAAACCAACCGCUCCCGAGGAUGUGGUACGAGAGUGGGAGAGCGAUGCGGGCAGAGAGGCUGCGGGCCAACCCUGCUGGCACACGGCUCCUUGGAACAGCUCCACAGAGCUGCGGCUUGUCUGGGGGGGGGGACAGGGAGCCCGUGCCCUGCCCACAGAGCCUCCGGCCCUGACCUGCCAUCGAUUCCUGCCUGCAGCACUUGGCGGGACCCCGCUGUCUCACGUCGCCCCCCCCCCGCCACCUGCCUGUCGCUGGAGAGGUGACAAAAUGGCAUCUUUCCUCCCCGGCGAGCACAGCUUUGCUUGAAACAAUGGCACAAGCCUGCAAGCCAGGAAUGCUUUGCAGCGCGGUGGAGCAGGGCCUCCUUCCCAAUUCAUCACUAAUGCAGGAACGCCAAGCCCUUCCUGGCUGCAGCGAGCACGAGAUAAAAGCUAAAAGAGGCAUCAAUAAUUAAAAACCACUCAGAGCCGCCCGGGCAGCCCUUCAAGUUCUCGGUUUUGGAGAUCUGCGAACGGAUCAAGGAGGAGUUCCAAUUCCUGCAGGCGCAGUACCACAGCCUGAAGCUGGAGUGCGAGAAGCUGCUGAGCGAGAAGACCGAGAUGCAGCGGCAUUAUGUCAUGUACUACGAGAUGUCCUACGGGCUGAACAUCGAGAUGCACAAACAGGCAGAGAUUGUCAAGAGGCUGAGUGCCAUCUGCGCCCAGAUUGUGCCUUUCCUGACGCAGGAGCACCAGCAGCAGGUCCUGCAGGCGGUGGAGCGGGCCAAGCAGGUCACCAUGGGAGAGCUCAACAGCAUCGUCGGGCAGCAGCAGCUGCAGCACCUCUCCCAUCAGCCCCCACAGCUGCCGCUGACCCCCCACCCCUCUGGUGUGCACAGCUUGCCCGGGGGGGCUGCGGGGCUGCUGGCCCUCUCGGGGGCACUGAUGGCACAGUCACAGCUGGCGGCCAAGGAGGAGAAAGCAGCGCAGGAGAGCAGAGAGCGCAGCCCCAGCCGGAGCGUGUCGGCAUCUCCUCCAGAGAGCCCUCCCGACGAGGAGAUGGGGCUGAAGCGGAGCCAGGAGGAGAAGGAGCUGCCUGGGCACUACGACAGCGAUGGGGACAAGAGUGACUACAACCUGGUGGUGGAUGAGGACCCCCCCUCGGAGCCCAGCAGCCCAGGCAGCCGCCCCCCCCCAGCCCGGGAUGUCCCCGACAGCCCAACCUCCAGCCGGAGCACCACGCCGUGCCGACGGAAGGAGCCGGGGCUGCCGGACCCCCCCGUGGCCGUGUCCUCCUCAUCCCCCCCGCCCCGCGAUGCCCUCACGCCCGGUGUGGGGCCCAGCUCAGCCCCCCUUCCCCAGCAGCCUGCAGCCAAGGACCCCCCCGCUCUCCGCAGCCCCUCCGUCAGCGUCUCCGGCCCCUUCACCUCCCUGGGCCUGCUGCCCCACGCUGCCCUCAAUGGGGAGCUGCCAUCCUCCGGUGUAUACGUGGGCCUCCACCUCCCAGCACAGCUCAGCAGUGCGGUAUAUGGGCGCCCGCCCGUGGUGGCUUUCGAGUCGCACCCUCACCUGAGAGCCUCCACGCUGCCAUCGUCCCUCCCCACCGUCCCCGCAGGGAAACCCGCCUACUCCUUCCACGUCAGCGCCGACGGGCAGAUGCAGCCGGUGCCGUUCCCCCCCGACGCCCUCCUGGGCUCCGGCAUCCCCCGGCACGCGCGGCAGCUGCACAGCCUGGCCCACGGCGAGGUGGUCUGCGCCGUCACCAUCAGCAACUCCACGCGCCACGUCUACACCGGGGGCAAAGGCUGCGUGAAGGUGUGGGACGUGGGGCAGCCGGGCACCAAGACGGCCGUGGCCCAGCUGGACUGCUUGAACCGCGACAACUACAUCCGCUCCUGCAAGCUGCUCCCCGACGGCCGCAGCCUGAUCGUGGGGGGGGAGGCCAGCACCCUGUCCAUCUGGGACCUGGCGGCCCCCACGCCCCGCAUCAAGGCCGAGCUCACCUCCUCCGCCCCCGCCUGCUACGCCCUGGCCAUCAGCCCCGACGCCAAAGUCUGCUUCUCCUGCUGCAGCGACGGCAACAUCGUGGUGUGGGACCUGCAGAACCAGACCAUGGUGAGGCAGUUCCAAGGCCACACGGACGGCGCCAGCUGCAUCGACAUCUCCAACUACGGCACCAAGCUGUGGACGGGGGGGUUGGACAACACGGUGCGCUGCUGGGACCUGCGGGAGGGGCGGCAGCUGCAGCAGCACGACUUCAGCUCCCAGAUCUUCUCCCUGGGGCACUGCCCGACGGGUGAGUGGCUGGCGGUGGGCAUGGAGAGCAGCAACGUGGAGAUCCUGCACGUCACCAAGCCCGACAAGUACCAGCUGCACCUCCACGAGAGCUGCGUCCUCUCCCUCAAGUUCGCCGCCUGCGGGAAGUGGUUUGUGAGCACGGGGAAGGACAACCUGCUCAACGCCUGGCGCACGCCCUACGGAGCCAGCAUCUUCCAGUCCAAAGAGUCUUCUUCGGUGCUGAGCUGUGACAUCUCCAUCAAUGACAAAUUCAUUGUGACGGGCUCUGGCGACAAGAAGGCCACGGUGUAUGAGGUGGUGUACUGAGCUCCCCACUGUCUGUGCUGCUCAGAUAUUUGGGGGCUGAGCCCCCCCCCCCCCAGCCCGGGGCUGAGCCCCCAGACCCCCAGCACCGCUGCAGCCAGCCUGGCCCCACUGCUCCUUCAGCUGCUCCCUCCUGCUUCUCUUCCUCUAAACUGGGGAGCAGGAGGUGACACUUUGUGCCCACCCCAUCCUUUCCUGCUGCUUGACAGAGGGGGGGCUGAUUGGGGGGAGGGAUGCAGGAUCCCCUCCAUGCGGGGGGAUGCAGGGCAGGGGGUGGUCAGUCUGUCUGUCCGUGGUGGGGCAGGAAGGUCACAGCCUGGUGUUGCUCCCUCCCCCCCCCCCCCCAUUUACUGCUACUGAUUCAAUGGCACCAAUCUUUUGCUGCAGCCCCAGCUGUGAAUUUAGCAGUAAAGAAAUGUAUUUAAUGGCGUUUUCAAAUCCUUACUAAUAAAAAAAAAAAGGAAGAAGAGUGGUUGGUGGAGUUGGGGGGGGGUGGGGGGGGCUGAGCUCCUCUACGGCACCAUGGGGGGAAGGGGAGACCCUUCAUGUACACAGGGAUGCUGCCUUUGGGGGGGGCUCGGAGCUGAAAUGCAAUGAGGGGCUGGAAAUGCCCUCUCCCCCCCCACGGCUCCGUGCAGAGCAGCCCCCACAGCCCCAUCCACCCCUGCCCUGCGAGGCACCGCGCUGCUCUUCUGCUUUUAUUAUUAAAUACGCCCUGGGAGGCGCAGGGGGAGAUGAGGAGAGCUCUCCUCCUGCCCAGCCCAGUGCUUCAACCCAAACAAACAAACAAACAGAAACCCCACCAAAAAAAUGACAUUACAAAAGAAAAGAGCCCUUCGCUCCCCCAACCCCCGUUUCGAAACAAACCAACCAAUAA